AUGGCUCUCUUCUCCCUCGUCAAACACUACUUUCCCUUGGAGUUAAACGCCCCGCUCUUAUAUUUUCCAUGCCUCGUCAUCCUUGUCCUGUUUUUGUUCAAUCUCAGAACUAGAACAAGUAAAUCCAAGUCCAAUCUGAAUCUGCCUCCAUCCCCACCGAAGCUACCCAUCAUCGGAAAUCUUCAUCAGCUAGGCUUAUUACCGCAUCGCUCUUUUCGAACCCUCUCCAAAAAAUACGGACCUCUAAUGUUCUUACAUUUGGGUCAGGCUCCAGCUGUGGUGGUUUCUUCCGCACAAUUGGCCCGCGAAUUUAUGAAAACCUAUGACCUUACCAUCGCAGACCGACCCCAAGGUAUCUGUCCUAAGAUCUUGCUCUAUGGAUGUACUGACGUUGGCUUUGGGAGCUACGGUAGUGAAAAUUGGAGACAGAAGAAGAAAGUCUGUGUCAACGAACUUCUUAAUCUGAGAAGCGUUCAAUCCUUCAAGAGUGUCAGAGAAGAAGAAUCUGGGGAUUUGGCGAAUAAGAUACGUGAUUUGUGUUCGAGCGGUGCAGAUUCUGUAAAUUUGAGCGAGUUGCUGAUUGCUACAUCGAAUGAUAUCGUGUGUAAGUGUGUUCUUGGGGAUAAGUUCAACACGGAUGCGAACACAAGGAUUGGAGAGCUAGUGAGGAAAGUGAUGAUCAACCUGAUGGCCUUCAGUGUGGGAGAUUAUUUCCCUUCAUUUCGUUGGGUUGAUUCUGUCACUGGCCUCCUUCCGAGGUUGAAGGCCAUCUUUGGAGAGUUAGACGAUUUCUUUGAAAGCGUCAUUGAAGAACGCAAGACUAUGAUGAAGAAGAGAAGCAAUGACCAAUCCUCCAAUGGGAAAAGCUUGCUUGAUAUUCUCCUUCAAUUCCGGGACGAUGGCAUUGUUGACCAUAGUUUCUCCGAAAACGACAUCAAAUCUAUCCUAAUGGAUAUGUUCGUGGGAGGGAGCGACACAAGUUCAGCAGCAAUGGAGUGGGCCAUGGCGGAGCUGAUGAUGAAUCCAACGAAAAUGCAGAAAGCCCAGGAAGAGGUAAGGCGCGUAGUGGGGAACAAGUCAAAGGUAGAAGAUGAAGACAUAAAUCAAAUGAAUUACUUGAAACAUGUGGUCAAAGAAGUUCUGAGAUUGCAUCCACCAACGGCUAUGAUUCCUCCUCGAUUAACAAGAUCAAGAUUGAAAGUCAGAGGGUACACUAUUCCAGCUCAAACUAUAGUGUACAUAAAUGCAUGGGCAAUUCAAAGAGAUGCUGAGUUCUGGGAAAGACCUGAAGAGUUCAUUCCUGAGAGAUUUGAGAAGAACGACGUUGAAUUCAAAGGACAAGACUUCCAUUUCAUACCCUUUGGUUCAGGAAGAAGAGGUUGUCCUGGAAUGAUGUUUGGGGUUGCUGCUGUGGAAUCCAUGCUCGCUAAUCUCUUGUACUGCUUUGACUGGAAGCUUCCUACUGUGAAUGGUGCCACUGCUCAACACAUAGAUAUGGAGGAGACAUUUGGGCUAACUGUCAGCAAAAAAGUGCCACUUUAUCUCAAACCAAUACCCUACUGUUAAUUCAGAAACCAUCUUUAUAUAUAUAUAUAUAUAUAUAUAUAUAUCCUGGUUAAAAGCUUGAUGAAUGCUCCAUUAUGUUUGAGUGUGUUUUUUGUUACGCUGUAAAAUAGACAAGGUAUGUCUGGAAUUUGGUUGUGCGACGUUGAGACUGUGAUCCUGCGAUUGUACUGUUGUUGAAUAAUUAAAAAGUACUACCUCCUAUAGUUAA